CUGGCGAGUUCAGUCUACGGAUAUCACCCGGAAAUGGAACGUCGAAACUGGGGGGGUGGUGCCCAGACGGCACGCCUGCUGCUGCACUUAGCCGCCACCGCCCACCUGGGCUAUGCCAUCUACUACGACUACCGGUACGCCCAGCUGCCCCAACUGGCGGUCGACCUGCGGCUGGAGCCACCCAUCGGUGGCAAGUUCAAGUACAUGACCUUCCUGGGCGGUCUGAUGCAGCUGGGCUACUACUCGCUGGCGGUGAUCUAUGACAUCACUCGGGACCGGACUCUGCGGCAACUCAGGGACUACAUCCUGGCCAGCUUUGUGGUGCCGCUCUCCCUCACAGUCAGCCUGACCUUCUGGACCCUGUACGCCAUCGAUCGGGAGGCCAUCUACCCGGGCGUGCUGGAUCUGGUCUACCCCAGGUGGCUGAACCACGCCAUGCACACAUUCGUGGUGGUCUACGCUAUCCUGGAACUGUGCAUCACCCGCCACCGGUAUCCCGACCGGAUUCGAGGCUUUGGCGGCCUAUCCGCCUUCAUGGCCGGCUACCUCACCUGGGUGCACGUUGUCUGGUCCAAGACCGGCAUCUGGGUGUAUCCUUUCCUCGGCGCCCUCAGCUGGCCGCUCCGGUUGGUCUUCUUCAUCCUGGUGAUUACCCUGGGCUUCCUCUACUACAUCCUGGGCGAGACCAUGAACUCCAUUCGGUGGGCGCGUUCCUCCGUCGAAAGGCGCUGGAGUGGCAGUGAGUAGGACGACCUCUUCAGGAGUUAGAUUAAGGCUUUUUCUCGUAUCUUUCUUUCAAUGUAAUUCAAUCCUUUUAAAGUAACAUUAAAAUAGUUGUUUCCGAAGUA